AUGCCGCCACGCCACCAGACCCUGCCCAGCGCGCAGACGGCCUCGGCCCGCGCCGCCAUGCAGUCCUUCUACUGCGACCUGUGCUCCAAGGGCUACAGCCGCAUGAACGACUACGAGGCCCACCUGUCGUCCUACGAUCACUCCCAUCGCCAGCGCAUGAAGGACAUGAAGCAGAUGGUCAAGGACCCGACGGCCGCCGCCCGCGCCAGGAAGGCGGAGCAGAAGACCGAAGGCCUGAUCAGCAUCAAGCUGGGCGAGGGCGGCCCGGGGAACAGUGGUGCAGCCGGCCCUGCCAGUGGCUUCAAGAAGGGCGGCUUCAAGAAGAGCGGUUUCAAGAGCGCUUUUGCCCCUGUCGGCGGCGAUGAGGACAAGGUCGCCGACCAGGGCGGUGCCUCGAAGCACGAGGCAAAAGAGAAGACGGCGCUGGCAGACGAAGACGAGAGCGACACCGCCGACGAAGGAUACGACGUCUACGACCCUAGGAAGCCGACGGAUUGA